AGAAAUCAUGUUGGCUCCACCUCUCAACUUUACAAAAUGGCUUGCAGAAAACGAAGAUAAACUACAACCACCGAUCAAUAACUAUUUACUCUUUAGAGGAAAAGAUACUAUUAUUAUGGUCGUCGGUGGUCCUAACAGACGAUCGGACUAUCAUGUCAAUGAAACCGAGGAAUGGUUCUAUCAAGUCAAAGGUCAAUUGCUCAUCAAAGUAGUGGACGAUGGUGAAUUCAAAGAUAUAUAUGUCAAUGAAGGUGAUAUGUUUCUUUUACCUGCCAAUGUACCUCACAAUCCUGUACGAUUUGCCAACUCGAUGGGUUUAGUAGUUGAACGUGAAAGAUUACCACAUCAUAUAGAUAGAUUACGUUGGUAUUGUGAAGAACCUAGUUGUCGAAAAAUCAUUUAUGAAGAAGCAUUUCAUUGUACUGAUCUUGGUUCCCAAUUGAAACCUAUUGUUGAAAGAUUUGCAACAACUGAAGAAUUACGAACUUGCAAGAGCUGUGGUCAUAUUAGUGCUUCAAAAUAAACCUACUUUCCUUUAUUCCAUCUGGGCUCCGCUCGAAUCCUCCAGCUAUUACUAUCUUCAUCAAGAUUAUGAUCUGUCACUUUGUCUAUUCCCUUCUCCUCCCAUUAUAUAAUAUAAAGAUAUAUAUUUUUCUUUUGUAUACAGUACUACUACAUUUUCAUCCCAUCUAUCUUUCCCACUGUCUCAUUAUAUUAUUCUUAUCAUACUUUUUUGUUUUUAGUUAGUCCUUUUUCUUGAAAUGGAUAAUAAAUAUCAAUGACUAUUGCAACGCCUGCAACGCCACA